AUGAAUGGCGGUGAGAUAGUGGAAGUUGACGGCGGUCACAUUAUACGGUCAAGAGGAAGAAAAGACCGUCACAGUAAAGUUUGCACCGCCAAAGGCCCGAGAGACCGCCGGGUGCGUUUAUCGGCCCACACAGCUAUUGAAUUCUACGAUGUUCAAGAUCGGUUGGGCUUUGACCGGCCCAGUAAAGCCCUUGACUGGCUCAUUAAUAAAGCCAAGCCCGCCAUCGAUCAACUCGCGCAACUUCCUCCAUGGAAACCCUCUCUUGUUUCUAAACAAGAACAAAACGACGACGUAGCGGAGAAAGAAAACGGUAACGAAAACGAGUUUCGUUUUCUUCAGAACUUCAACAACAAUAACAACGGUUGCAACAGUUUCAUUCCGUUUGAAACUGAAACAACGUCGUCUUCGCCGAUUCAGUUUCAGAGUUAUAAUAGUAGCACUCCUGAUUUGCUUUCGAGAACGAAUAGUAAUGAUUUGCGUCUCUCGCUUCAACAGAAUCGGAAUCAGAAUGUGCUAUUCGCCGGGAACUUUGAUGGAAUUCCGGUAGCGUGGAAUUCCGGUUGUGGCGGCGGCGGCGGUGGUGGUGCUACUAUAGAUACUCAUGCUGGUAGUGUUGGUGGUGGUAGUAAUCAUAAUCAUAAUGAUGAUGCUUCAGGUGGAGGUUUUGUGUUUCGUACUCCUUCGCCUUCGCCGGCAGUGAUGUAUGGUCAGAAUCAGUAUCUUUCUCAGAGGGGACCCCUUCAGUCCAGUUACAGUCCUUCAGUUCGUGGUUGGAUAGAUGCGCCGACGUUUGUUGCUGCUGAUUAUCUACGGCAGACAGGUGCGUUGGGUGCCGGAUUUGCUUCUGGUAGCUUUUCUGGUUUCCGAGUGCCGGCACGAAUUGGAGGUGAUGAGGAGGAGGUGCAUGGCGGUGUAUCUGUAUCUGAUAGGCCGUCGUCUGCUUCCUCUGAUUCUCGCCGUUGA